UAACAGUAUUAAGUAAGCGCAGAACUCCCGCAUGUUUUAUUCCACCUUCGUCAGUGACUCAAGACAUCGUCUCAAGUGACUCAAGACAUCCUUUACUUAAGAUGGCACGCAUCUUGGCUGCUCCUGCCGUACUGCUCCUUCUGAUUGGAGUGGUAUCCGCCCAGUCCUUGAUAGGCUGUUACAAAGGAGAUGAUGCCACCGUUUCCGCGGAUGCGGAGUCCGCCGACAUGACCAACGUCGACUGCGCUGCACACUGUGGCGCCCAAGGCAAGGCAUAUGCAGCUACAGGUGAGGGGAAGUACUGUACGUGCCUGGCGGACCUGAGCGGCCUGACCGCCGCCCCGGAUGCCGAGUGCAACUCGCCCUGCACCGGGGACCACACGGGGGAUAUGUGCGGGGGCGCCGACGGCACGGUGACCGUAGCGAGCACCGCCAAAAGUAGCAAGCGUGGCCUGGUGGAGAAACUGCGAAAUGCCGUAAUGAAGAUGAAAUACUUGUCUUCCAAGAAUGGCUUCUAAGAAGACGAUUGACAACCACGGCAUCGUAGAUCAACCCUCAAGUGACAAUUUCUGACAGAACCGAAAGUAAAUGUUCACCUUAAUUCUGUCCAAACGUUAACAUGCUUUCAGACAAUAUAAAUUAAACUCUGCCUCAAAGAACUGGCCCGCCAUGACAAACCACACAAAAUCAUUUCUUAUCUUGAGGGUUAAGUCUACUAAAUAUUGAUUCUAAGAACGAAGAAUAAUCUUUGAUGUAGCUUUCAUUUAACCUUUCGAUUCUUUCACAUUAAGUAUUGUAGUGUUUCAAACAUAGAAUUAAAAUAAAUAUGGUGUACACACAAACACAUUGGGUCAAACAUACAAUAAAAAGAAAUAUGGUGUACACGCGCGCACACACACACACACACACACGCACAAACGUACACGCUUACCACGUCCUUAGACAUUAUAUGCAUUUACACAUAUUACAAAAAAAAUCAACCGAACUCCAAUAAAGGAAUCUAAGACACAGAACAUCAACAUCCAUACACAUUUUUACCAUCAAUGUGUAACAAAGUUCUUUAAUAAAUUAUCAUCUUACAAUCUUCUGUACAAUAUAUGUUCCAACCAAGUAUCUUAAAGUUAUGGAAUUACUUUGAUGAACUUUUAGAAUUGUGGAAUUAUAAUAAAGUUGGUGAUUGGUUAAAUUA